CUACGUGUAUGGUCAGUGGUUGGUAACUAAAUAUGAAUGGGUAUACACGAAGACGUUAAUGGGUAUGUUGGCAAUACUGGGCGAGGGCAUUUGUUACAAGCGGAAAGAGCAUGUUUCGAAUUUUGUAGCAGAAAAGAGGGAUUGUUAAGUUUAGAUAGGUACCAGGUGGAGAACGUCUUGGUAAUGGAGACAGACGUAGGACUGUACGAAGUAGAGCCUAAUCGGAAUGCUGAAGCUUAUCGAAACUUGCAGCAAGAACCUGUUACAGGCAUUGCAAAAUAUUUAGAUAUCAUCGAAAUUGCUGAAGAUGGAUCUACGUUACUUGGAUGUUCAGAAUUAACGGGGCGGUUUUGGUGUGGCUCGCUGUGGUAUUUUGAGGAUGCAGAACUUACGCCAGAUGUGUAUAAAUGUCUAGCAGGUGUUGAUCGUGAGACGGGUGUAUGCGAUGGGAAGUUCCUGCAAGAUAAGUAUAAAAUUGUUGUUGGCGAAGACUCUGGUGUUAUUCAAGUACUCGCCUUGAUUGAAUCUGAGGAUAAAGAUUCAUUUCAUUUUACAUGCCUCGGGUCUGCUUGCGAGCAUGAUGAUAGUGUUAGCUCCCUUUCAACAUUUAACGAUAAGAAGAAGGUUGUUUCAGGAAGUUUUGAUUGCAGUAUAAAGGUAUGGGAUAUAGAGGCACUAGCUCCAGAACAUACGUACAGACCUGCUCACGCACAUCAUGUGACGUCUGUGACAACUAGUCCUAUGGACAGAUGCCUUCUGGCAUCAACUUCUCUUGAUGGUACAGCUCUAUUGUGGGACACAAGGAAAUCCCAACCAUCUUCAGUAUUAUUGAGGGAUAUAGGGUUCACUUCAGUUGACUGGCGGCCACAAAAAUCUGAGUUUGUUGUUGUUGGUUCCAUAACUGGUGAUAUUUUUACUGUUGAUGUUCGGCACCCGAAGCAACCUCUGGAUACAUUGACUGUAUUUAGCAGACCUGUCUAUAAACUUAGGUUUUCCAAUUGCCAUGAUCUGUUGGCAGCCUGUGCUGAAAGUACAGAAGUAAAAGUAUUCGACUUUAAGAGCGACACGGCAACAGAAAUCUAUUCUGAUGACCGUCACAAGGACUUUGUUCGUGGUAUUGCAUGGCAUCAAAGGGACGCAUCAUUUUACACCUGUGGAUGGGAUAAGCAGGUAUUUCGCCAUAUUCCAAGUGAAGCUUCAGCAGAAAUGGAAGUAAACGAAGUUGGUGGAGAUCGUGCCCUUUCUUAGGAAAGCUUUUCCACCUAGAAAAUUACUUAAUGUUAUUAAUUUUGAAGAAUUUUUUAAAAAAUAAAGGAUUUCUCUCAACUGGUAAAUA